AUAUUGAACGAUUUAAUAUCAGGUGUGUACGAGAUGAGGAGACGCAUGCGUAUGAAUAAUUAGAAUGUUUUUUUCCGAAGUCAAUUUUCUUGAUCUUGACAUUGUGAACCAUUGUUGCGCGAAGAGCAGCGAAGAGUGACGUCGGGUGAAAGUGGUGUUUUUUUAUUUGAUAUUAUGGAUAUCUUACAAAAUACAGUUUUCUAAUUUGUUAACGAAGAUGUAGCUGUUUCUUGUGUAAUUUACGUAUAGGUAUAUUGAUUGACGUACGUCAAGAAAAGUCUGGUUUGAUACAUAUUUAGCUGGGUGUUAUUUCGCGUGCUUCGUGUAUUAAUUUGAAUUUUGAAAAAACAAAAUGAGUAGUGUUAAAUUGGAAGUUCAGUGGUCUCCGAUACACUCGAAUAAAUUUAUUACGUGGGGUACUGAAAUAUGUCUUUACGAAGUAGCCCAAAUAAAGGAUACCGUUCGACCGUCGUGUAUUAAAAUCUCAGACUCUACGAUUGCGCAUCUUCUUGCUACAAACACCAGUCAUCAUUACGUCAAAUGUAUUGACAUUUAUCCCCAGCCAGAACCAGAUAUUCUUCUAGCUGUCGGUCAGGCUAAUGGCAAAGUUGUUUUAACAACAUUUGGACCUACUGCGUUCGACUCCCUUGGUCUCACUGGAAAAGAGCUUGCACCCAAACACGCAAGGCAGUGUAACGCAGUAGCUUGGAAUCCAGUGGAUCCAAAUCUGAUUGUAUGUGGAUUAGAUAAAUAUCGUACUGAUCAUUCAGUACUUCUUUGGGAUGUUCUCAAGAGUCCAUUUGAUAUUGAACGUAUACACCAUCACAGUACAAGUCAAUCAGAUUCUGUAAGACCUAUAUCUGAGUCUGGUAUCUCCGAAACAGCUCACUCUCUCGCUUGGUUUAAUAAUGAACCCCGAUGUCUAGUUGUUGGAAUCAAUAAUAAACAUUUAAAAAUUAUAGACUUCAGAGAUGCUGUUAAGGUUGUCAAUGCGACUCCUACAAAAGCUGUGUACAGUCUAUCCGUGGAUCCUCACAAUGACUAUCAUUUGGUUUCUCACAUUGAGAAUCAAAUCACUAUUUGGGACACACGAUAUUUCGAAAAGCCUGUAUUGACAUUACCACAGAGUAGGCCAGUAACAAAAGUUCUGUGGUGUCCGACAAGACACAAUUUGUUGGGAUCAUUGCAAAAGGAUUCAGGAGCCUUACACCUGCACGAUGUUCAACAUUGUGGUAUUGGUGGUGGUGGAGAGGAUACAGAACCAGGUGCUUUGGAAAGAACUGUAAUACCACCAUGGUCAAGCCCUGCUAGUUUUUCAUGGCAUCCGAUACAUGUAAAUAGAUUACUGGGUAUAUCUCAGCAAGGUCUUACGGAUUACACUGUGUUUGAAAGAAUAACAGUAAACUGGGCUACGAGAUCAUAUCUUGCUUGGAAUCACGCAUCUAAAUCUAUUAAAUAUAUUUGUAGCAAUGACAAUAUUUACAAAUCACUAGAUGAUAUAUCAGUUUUAACGAAAUCACGAGCUAAUGCAGAGUAUGGGCUACUGCCGGAAUUGUCACAAAAUGGAGAUUUAGCAGAAAAUGAGACUUUAAAGAAUCUUUGGCAAUGGUUGUACCUAAGUCGUUCGUUGGUAGAUGAUGAUACGAUACAAAGUCCUGAAAACAAGCAUCCUGGAGUCAGGAUGGUGUUAAAACUUGACGGACAGCAAAAUAGUACCAAUAGCUUUAUAAAGUCAGAGUUGGUCCAUCGGCCAUGGACGGAUAUUGGUUCGAAUCAUACCGCAAAAAUAUAUAGAUCAUCGGAUAGAGAUAAAGCACUGCAACUCUGUGGUUGGCGAUUUGAUAAGGAGACGAAUGCUCUUUACAAUCAUUUGUUUCUUGAGAGAUUAGAGAGAGAAGGCGCAUACCCAAGAGCAGCAGCCAUUUCUGUUUUUAAUCUCGGCUUACGACAGGCAAUAGAAAUUUUAAAUAGAGGUGCCAGUAAAAUGUCUCUAGCAACAAAUCUGAAUAUUGUAGCAAUGGCUCUUUCUGGUUUCUCGGAAGAUAGAAACAGCAUGUGGAGAGAACUGUGCUUAAAAUCCCGAUCUCAACUCUCGGAUCCUUAUCUUAGAGCAACUUUUGCCUUUUUGACGGCUGAUAAUGAUUCCUACGAAAAUGUACUUAAUGAAAAUGGUAUGGCUGUGGAGGACAGAGUUGCGUUUGCAUUAAUGUUUCUUUCUGAUAAUAAACUCCAUGAAUACUUGAAAAAAUUGACACAAAAAUUGAGCGAAGAAGGAAACUUGGCAGGUUUUCUCCUUACAGGUGCUAGCAUCGAAGGAGUUCAAUUGCUAAACAGAUAUUUAGAAAUAACGGGAGAUGUUCAAAGUUGCAGUCUAAUAGCGAUUAGAGCUCUGCCGCCUAAACUGUUGCAAGAGAAUCAAGUUCAAGUAUGGAUAGAUAGUUACAGGGCACUUUUGGAUGCUUGGAAAAUGUGGAAUCAAAGAGCACACUUUGAUAUUGCAAUGAGAACAUCGACUAAUGAAAAACCACCCCAACAAGUUUACAUUUCGUGUAAUUUCUGUGGGAAAAGUAUAUCUGCGUAUAUGCAAGGUUUAAGCCGAGCUAGGGGACCAUUUGGAAGACUUGGUGGUACAUCAAACAAAUUGAAGAUGUCUUCAUGUCCGAGUUGUCGUAAACCGCUACCGAGAUGUGCAAUCUGUUUGAUGCACAUGGGUACCGUAAGUGGUUUGCAAACGAGCACAAGUAAUACAAAUCGCUCUGAGGAGGAUAAUAAAUUGACUGAAUUCAGUAGCUGGUUUACUUGGUGUCAAACAUGUAGACAUGGCGGUCAUGCUAAUCAUAUUACCAAUUGGUUUCGUCACCAUUCAGAAUGUCCAGUAACAACUUGUAGAUGCCGCUGUUCAUCAUUAGACGCAUCAUUUAAAGCAGGAAGCCUGUUGCAAAUCAUAUAACCAGUGAUGCUCACACCACACUGUUACUAUAAUUUUUGUAAGAAACAGUACAUUAAUAUGAUAUGAACAAUUAUUUUAAGCUGCACAGUAUGUGUAUAAAUAAAAAAUUAACCUUAUAUGAAGAAGAGAC